AUGUCCAACGAUUCUACCAGACAGCCUACAUUUGACAUACACACCUUUGACCUGACAGUCGUGUGGCUAGGUGACAUCGCACUGUGGCUGCGCGUUGUAGAGUCCUGUUUCGUCCUACGUCAGAUUACACAGGAUGAUACGAAAUUUCACUAUGUUGUGGCAGCAUUCCCAAUGAAUAUCGCCACCGACCUCCGCGACAUCAUAGAUUGCUUGCCCACAGAAGCACCUUAUACUGCCCAAAAGGAGGCUCUCAUUUCUCGCAUUUCCCUGUCAACGCAAAAACGUCUGCAGCGUUUAAUUUCUGAGGAGGACCUUAGCGACAGGAAGCCUACGCAGCUUCUUAAGCGCUUGGAGCAGCUGGCAGACGGACAAGAGCUGGAUGUCAACAUGUUCAAACAACGUUUUCUCCAACGGUUGUCUCCUUCUGUGCAAGCCAUCCUUGCGCCUAACAUUCCUUCUCUGACUGUUCAGAUGUUCGCGGAGACUGUUAACCGUAAACUCGAGUACUACCAGCCUCCUGUUAUGGUUAACGUUGCUAUUCGAAGCACAAUUGCCCAUACAAUGGAGAAUGUCAUUAAACGCCUGGAUGCCCUCACUAUCGAAGUUUCCCAGCUCCGGGCCACUCUGGUCUAUAACCAUCGUAGUCCUGCAGUUACUUGCCACCCAAGAUCUCCCACUCCAAACCAACCUACAGUUGAUAGUUUCUGUUGGUAUCAUCAUAAUUAUGGGUCUAACGCUCAUCGCUUUCACUCUCCGCGCAAGUACAAGAUAUAUGCGUUGGAAAACUCCCCUGCCGACCAGAAAGGACGACGAAUGUGGUCGGCUCAUCCUCUCCCAGUCGCCUACUCCACAUCUAUCACAGGAGUUCCUGUCGUAAUUUUCUCGUGGAUACUGGUGCGGAGAUCAGUCUAA